CCCGGACAGUAUACUAAUUCCUUUCCACGCGCCCAACAACACAAAAAACGUGUGUUUUGGUGAACUGCGUGUUUUAUUUUAAAUAAAUCUGUUAAAGGCAGAUUCCGCUUGACAAAAAAAGAAUUUUCAUAAACCGGCAUAAUGAGGCGACCGAAGAAGUACGAAUCCGGUGAGGCCACGCAGUACAUUAGUCGGCGGGCUGCGCUUAGGAAGCUUCAACUCUCCCUGAACGACUUCCGGAGGCUGUGCAUCCUGAAGGGCGUCUAUCCCAGGGAACCCAAACACAGGCGUAGGGCCCAGAAGGGAUCUUCGGAGAUCAAGGUGCUCUACCACACAAAGGACAUUCGUUUCCUGCUGCACGAGUCGAUUGUCUGGACGCUUCGUGACUAUAAGAUCUUUGCCAAGAAGAGCAAUCGCGAUCGCGCCAUCAAGGAUUUCCGCAACUUGAAGCGACGAUUGGCCCUGUUUCCCGAAAUCAAACUCGAUCACAUUGUGAAGGAGCGCUACCCCACCUUCAUCGAUGCCCUUAAGGACCUGGACGAUUGCCUGACCCUGCUCUUCCUGUUCAGCACCUUCCCCUCGCUGCACUUGAUCCCCAGGGAGCAGUCUAACCUCUGCCGCCGGCUGACCAUUGAGUUCCUGCACUACGUAAUCGCCUCCAAGUCGCUGCGCAAGGUGUUCAUCUCCAUCAAGGGCUACUACUUCCAGGCGGAGAUCAAGGGCCAGAAGGUCACCUGGAUUGUGCCACACUACUAUCCCUUCAAGCCACAGUCCCGCCAGGAGGUGGACUUCAAGGUGAUGUCCAUCUUCGUGGAGUUCUACACCAUUAUGCUGGGCUUCACCAACUUCCGGCUGUUCCAUGGCCUGAAUCUGGCCUACCCACCACAGUUCCCGAGCAGUGUGCUUCAGGACAGCGAGGACUCGCUGAAGGACGAAGCCAGCUUCGUGUCUGAUCGCAUUGCAGCGCUGAACUUUGAUCUGCUGCGCACGGACAAGGUGCAGGAGGAUGAGGAGGAGUUGGACAUCGACAUGGAGCUGUUGGAGCAGGACGGCGACUCAAAGCGCAUCAUUAAGAUGAAGCAGGAGGCUCAGGAAGUGUCCCGUCUGCGCACCCUCUUCAAGGGAUUGAAGUUCUUCAUUAACCGCGAAGUUCCCCGUGAGCCCCUGGUCAUCCUCAUCCGCUCUUUCGGCGGCAAAGUGUCUUGGGACUCGUCCAUCUUCGCUGGCUCUGCCUACGAUGAAACUGAUGAGACCAUCACCCAUCAGAUCGUGGACAGACCCAGUCUGGCCACGCAGUACAUCUCGCGAGACUAUAUACAGCCUCAGUGGGUCUUCGACUGCGUCAAUCAGCGCACGCUGCUGCCCACCAACAAGUACUUCUUGGGCGAGACUCUGCCGCCACACUUGUCGCCAUUCGUCGACUCCAAGAGGGACACCUACAUCCCACCCGAGGAGAAGGCCCUACUGGAUCCCUCCCUGAUCGAAACACAUGCACAAAGCGAUGACGAUUCCGAGGAUGAAGCCGAGAAGGAGGAAGAGGAGGCCGUGGACCAGGAGCUGCUGGAUGCGCAGCUGCAGCUUGCCUACCAGCAAGAAACGGCUGAGUACAAGAAGUACGGCGGUCCCGAUGGCGUCAACGAAGACGAGGAAGAUCCAGAGGAUGACGAUGAGGAAGACGACGACGAUGAAGAGGAGGAGGAGGAAGAGGUCGACGAGAAGACCAAGCGCCUGCAGGAGGAGAAGCAAAAGAUGUCCGUGCAGUCGGGCAAGGUGCACAAGGUCAACAAGCGACAGGUGCACAAGGCCGAAGUGGACGAGCACCGCCUGCAGGCGCGUAUGGUGAAGCCCCGUCACCGCAACCUCUUCCGGAAACUCAUCCGCGAGAAGCAGACCAAGGAGAAGGAGGAGUGGCUGCUGCGCAAGAAGCGACGAACCAUUGAGGCCGACAACAAGGAGGCCCGGAAAACGGCCAAGCGUGAGGCACGCAAGGAGGCGGCGGCCGCCGCUGCCAAGGCUUCCAAGCUGGGCAAGUGAGCCGACCAUCGGCUCGGGGGGUUCUGUGUCUUGAUUUAGGUUUAAUACAAUAAACAAUGAAAAUGUAAAAUAAAUCCAUAUUAAAUCUUCUUUAUUUUGCACUGGA